AUGGAACAAUACCAGCAAAACCUCAUCAAAUCAAAUUACUCCACACUGGUGAAGGAAAUGAAGGCCAUUCCUGUAGCUGGAUAUCUCACAAAGGAUCGCAUCAUUACAGACGAAAUGCAGCAACAGAUACACUUUGAGAAAACUACUUACAGUCGUAACCGAAAACUACUCAGCAUCAUUUUGAGAAAAGGAUCGAAAGCUUUCCAUGGACUUAAGAGGGCACUUUCAAAAGCUGGUCAAAAUAACUUAGCCAAGCUCUUAAUUAUGGAAGAAAGCGAGCCUUCUGAAUACGAAAAAAAGUUAUCCUUAGCAAGAUCCUUUCUUAUCAACACCGUGGAAAAAAGACAGAAAAACGUUGAAUCAAGUAACUCACAUGUUCAAAGUCAGCAGUUACAGGGGCCACGAUGCAGGAUCAAUUUGGACAACUCCAGUAAACUCUAUCUCACAGCCGUGCCUUACCAAGGGGAAAUCAUGAUACACAUAUGUCAUUUCUCUGAAUCCAAUGGUCUUCACUUUCCAUCAAAGAAAGGGGUAAAUUUUCCCUUACCCCGCUGGCUAAAAUUUGAAUGUCUCCUGGAUGAAAUAGAGGAAUAUCUACAGAACCAUAGGAGUCAGGAAGAUGGGAUGAAGUGGCACAUUGGCGGUGGUGUCUACGUUUCCCUAUCCCCCGAUUUCCCAACGGUGGACAUUAGACACUACUGGAAACCAGAUGAUGCAAAUGGACCUAUUCCAACAAAAAAAGGAGUCACCCUAACUAGAGAUAAAUUUGAUAGACUUAAAUCGGCAGUCUAUGAAAUACGAGAGAAUGUUCCUGAAUUGAAUGACGCUCAAAUAUGUAUGUUAAGCGAAUCCCAUCAAAAUCAGUUGGGGGAACUCAGUUGUCCAGAAUGCUCCCCCUUUGGUUAUGAAGCUCAAGAAGAGCCAAUGGAAACUGAGCAAAGUCAAUCCCAAAGCUCACUGACUGUCAAUGUGGACUGGGAUUAA